GAGGCAAUAACUGAACAUACAACGAAAGAAAGAAGACAUGAAAAAGAUGAUGAAGAACACAAGCGCUGGAAAUCUCGGCAACGAGAUUAGCUGGUACGAAAAUCCAUUUUAUUAUUCUAAUCAUCAUAAUCAAAAGCAGCAGUGCUGCACGAGUACCAAGCAUCUUCAUCGUCAAGUGAAACCAGUAAUGGAUACCCAGCUAGGCAUUGCUCGAGCACAGAUCAUCGACUUGAAAGCCGAGGUGGACUACGAGCGGAAGGCACGUAAAAAGGCGGAGUCCCUGAACAAGAAACUGGCGAAACAAGGAGCCGAGGAACGAAGGGGAAAAGAAGCAUUGGAGACUGUCUGUGAAAAGCUUGCGGCCGAAGUCACCUUCAAGAAAUCGGAGAUUGAUCGAAUGAAAAGGGAGUUCAAGGAGGAGAGAAAGAUGCUGAAGAUGGCCGAGGCUUUGAGGGAAGAAAGAGUUCAAAUGAAGCUGGCCGACGCCAAGGUUCUGUUCGAGGAGAAGGUGAAUGAAUUGGAGGAAAUUAAACGCAGACAACCGGCCGAUGAUGAUCCCAAAGUGUCGAUGAGACCUGUGUUGGGUGAAAAGUCAUCCAACGGUGUUACUGCGGUGUGUUCGUCGACGGCGGUCCGGCGAAAAGCAUGUGCAGAAGCCGAGAAUCCUCACAUAAAACGAGGGAUCAAAGGGUUUGUGGAGUUUCCCAGAGUGGUUCGAGCAAUCGGAUCGAAAAGUAUGCAUUGGAGUUCGAAGCUUGAGCGUCAAAAAGCUCAGUUAAGGAUUCUACCCUCAUCCAAGUGAAGAAACUUUGUUUUUUCCCCCUUGUUGAAUUGCUUUGCGUUUGUAAUUUGUUGUGUCGGAUUGUACAUAAGUUGAAGUUAUGAACAAUACUUGGACAUGGAUAAAAGAUGGCCUAAAUUUACA